AUGGCGCCCAUACCAAUCACUAUCAUCACUGGGUUCUUGGGCUCGGGAAAGACGACCCUAAUCUUAAACCUCCUCCCCCAACUCCCACCCUCCUACAAACUCGCCCUCUUGAAAAAUGAAUUCGGCUCCUUACCCGUCGACUCGGCCCUCGCAUCCUCCUCCUCCAUAUCCUCCGUCCGCGAACUCCUCAACGGCUGUAUAUGCUGCAACCUCGUCGGCCAACUCUCCACCGCCCUCGCCGAACUAGCCUCCCUCUCCAACCCCCACCGCAUCGUCAUCGAGACCUCUGGCUCUGCCUUCCCCGCAACCCUAGCUAUGGAGGUGAACCGGCUAGCCCGGGAAACAAACGGCGCCUAUGUCCUCGACGGCGUGCUAAGCGUCGUCGACGUCGAGAACUGGAAUGGCUACGAGGACACGAGUCUGACGGCCAAGAUGCAGGCCAGGUUUACCGAUCUCAUCGUGCUGAAUAAGUGGGAAGGCGUUGGGGAGAGGCGGUUGGAGGAUGUCGAGGAUCGGAUUCUCGCGCUCGAGGUGGAGCCGCCGAUUCCGCGGACGAAAAGUACAAGGGGUUGGGUGGACAAAGAGAUUGUGUUUGGGUUGGAUGCGCGGCUGGCCGGGUCGACAGAGGGGGAGGCGUUGUUGGGCGAGGGGGAAAAGGAGCAUAAUCAUGCGCAUUCGAGUGAGGUCGAGGUGUUGAGUGUGAUAUUGAACGGAGAUGGAGUGGUGGACACGGAGAAGCUCGCUAGAUUUCUUCAAGACCCAACCAAAGACGAAGUCUAUAGGAUAAAAGGCAUCCUGUACGCUUCCACGCCGCCAAAAUCCUCGGAUCCAGAUAUGCCCACUACGCUAAGCACGACCGAGGGCAGAGCGAGGUAUAUCUUGAAUUGGGCGUUUGGCCGCUGGACGUUCACUGCUGUGCCGCUCGCACAGCCAGAGACACAAGAGCAAGAGCCAGCACUCAGGUUGACGAUUGUGACGGCGAAAUAUGAGAGUAACAAAUGGAAGAAGGAAAUCGAGUCUAGUGGAUUGAUAGCCCUUGCAGACGGUGCACAAGCGACAUUGACAGUAGACAAGGUGGCUUAG